UACAACUUUUUAGUCCCUGUGUAAUGUAGUAAAAUUAAAAACAAUGAUGUUAUCAGUAUUCCGUCGAAUUGUUGUUAAUAGUAGUUACAAGUAUACUCCGAGGUUGCAAAGAUUACUAUCUUUUGAUAUAAAGACUCCAGAAGAUUUCAAUGAUAAAGUAGUUCAAUCAAAAGUUCCUGUUCUUGUUGACUUCCAUGCUAGUUGGUGUGGACCUUGCAAACAGCUUGCACCAGUUCUUGCAUCAGUUGUGGAUAGUUUUGAAGGAAAAUUAAAUUUGGCAAAAGUUGAUGUUGAUCAACAUGAAGAUUUAGCUAUGGAAUAUGAGGUUACUGCUGUUCCAGCUGUAUUUGCGAUAAAAAACGGUGAAGUCAUAGACAAGUUUACAGGAUACAAAGACAAACAACAAGUGCUUUUAUUUGCAAAAAAGCUUACUGAAUAAAAAUUUCAAUUUA